UCUGCGACUCUCCGCCACAUCAGUUCCCCACUCCCUCUGUCCCUCUCUCUUUUUGUUACUUUUCUGUUUUUGCACUCUCUUUCUGUUACUUGGCGACUCUGUCGGACCCAAUCAAAAUGGAGUUCACCGGGAACCGUCACCGCCGUUCACCCUCCUCCGACCACUUCCUUGGCGUUUUCUCCCUUCCGGCACCAUCAUCCACUAAAUCUCCCGGAGAACACGAGCUCAACGAAGCAGAAGUCUUCUGGACCGCUGAUUUUACCGAACCUAACCACUCCGAUACCCACCAUGAUCACCAUCGCCGCUUGAAUUUCGGGCAAUCGAUGGAAUCGGAACUCUCCGUGCUACCCCAAGCCGAUCGAUUGCGCUACCAGACCCUCCGUGAGGGACCACUCCUGUGCCGCAAGCCUUUAAUAUCAUCCACGUCUUCGUCAUCAACGAAAGCGAUUCCAUCAAUCCCGAGACCGCCGGAGAGGGAGUACUCGCAGUCGCUGCAGGGCAGGAACUUGCACCACCAUCAGUCUGCGCCGAUGAAGGUGCCGGUGCUCACGAAUGCCAUGGCGAAGAGGAGUAACGUACUGCUUCUCGAUGUGGACGACGAUGAUGGAGAAGAAGCCGAUAUGUUACCACCUCACGAGAUCGUUGCCAGGGGCUCCGGGGUGUCGCCUAAGACGACGUUUUCGGUUCUGGAAGGUGUUGGUAGGACUCUGAAGGGAAGGGAUCUGCGCCAGGUUAGAAAUGCUAUCUGGCGCAAAACCGGCUUUCUCGAUUGAUUUUCCCUCCUCUUUCUCGGUAUAAGUUAUAUAACAUAACUGACUAUAUGGUUUGGCCACUUUUUAUUUCUUGUUUUCUCAUGAAUGUGAAAAAUAGAGGGGUUUUGUUCUGAGAGUUUGUUGAUUGAUGUGAGACUUUUAAGUGGA